AUGACUGAAUACAAGCUUUCAGCUACCCUUACCGGUCAUGAAAACGAUGUCAGAGCCGUGCUACACCCAGCGUCCGAGCUAGUAAUAUCAGCAUCAAGGGAUAAUACGACGCGACUUUGGCGCAAACAGUCUGAUAAUAAAGUAUCAUUCGACUCUUCAAUUGCGUCAAAAUCCGGACAUUGGCUCAAUGCUCUUACAUACCUGCCACCAAAUAAUGAAUACCCAGAAGGCCUCGUAUUUGCUGCAGGAAAAGACCUCAUAAUCGAGGUUCGACAGCCUUCGAAGGCAUCUGAUGAAAAUGCAGAAGCCCUACUCCUUGGACAUAGUAACACCAUUUGUGCCCUUGAUAUUGAUCCAUCAGGCACAUUCGUUGUUAGCGGAGCAUGGGAUCACGAGGUAAGGAUAUGGCCAGUUGGGAAAUGGGAGUGUGAAUCUAUUCUAGAGAAUCACGAAGGAUCAGUAUGGGCUGUUCUAGCAUUUAGCUCUGAAAUCAUUAUAACUGGCUGUGCUGAUCAGAAAGUUCGUAUUUUUCAUAAAGCGGGAAAUCUGUUAAAAGCAUUCCAAGCCAGCAAAUCCCCCGUACGAGCUUUGUGUCGACUGCCCAAAGAUCACGUUUCGGGUGGUGACUUUGCUUCAGCAGACAAUGAUGGGGUUAUCCGGUUUUGGACAUUGGCCGGUAAACAGGUGGAUGAAGCACGCGGUCACGAAAGUUUUAUAUACUCCUUGGCAUCACUUCCAAGCGGUGAGAUAAUUAGUUCCGGGGAAGACCGAACGUUACGCAUAUGGAGAGGUAAUGAGUGUAUUCAAACAAUCACACAUCCAGCGGUCUCUGUUUGGAGUGUUGCCGCUUGCCUUGAGAAUGGAGACAUCGUGUCUGGGGCUAGUGAUAAGAUAGUAAGGGUCUUUACAAGAAGUGCGGAGCGAAUUGCAGAUGAAGAGACAAUGAGAGAUUUCGAGUCAGCAGUAAAAAGCACCGCUAUUCCUCAGCAGACAAUGCCUAGCAUUAAUAAAGAGAAGUUACCGGGACCAGAUUUUCUGAAGACGAAAUUGGGAACGAAAGAUGGUCAGGUUCAAAUGAUACUGGAAGAGAAUGGCUCAAUCUCUGCACACACAUGGUCCAAAGCCACUGGCCGAUGGACAAAUGUUGGUGUCGUGGUUGAUGCUGUCGGUAGUAAUGGAAAUAAGAAGUUUUAUAAUGGCCAAGAGUUUGAUUUUGUAUUUGAUGUUGACAUGGAAGAUGGGAAACCACCUCUCAAGCUUCCAUAUAAUCUUUCAGAAAACCCUUACGACGCUGCAAAUAGAUUUAUUAAAGACAAUGAGGCACCUUCCACAUACCUGGAGGAGAUAGCAAGCUUUAUAAUUAAAAAUACUCAAGGAUCAACUAUUGGACAAAACCAGCAGCAAGCUUCAGCUGAUCCCUGGGGGAGCGAUGAACGUUACCGUCCAGGAGAUGGUAAAUCAACAGCUGAUAACGCUCAAAAUAUUAAACCUUCUAUUCUUCCUCAAAAAAGCUAUCUUAGCAUCUUAGCUACGCAUCGUCAAACCAUUUAUAACAAAGUAAAAGAAAUUAACUCGGCAUAUCUAGCAGACAGCCAAAAAGAAGUUGCUCUUCACCAGGGUGAAGUAGAAUUUCUAUCAGUCCUCUGCGCGAAUCUAAAAGAUCCUACAGCAGCUAAUGUAUCAGUACCAGAAAUUCAAGUCGCGAUCAAGAUUGCAACGAGAUGGCCAUACAAAGAUCGCCUUCCUGGUCUGGACCUAAUUAGGUUAGUGGCUGUCGGAUCCGAAGCUGCUACCUAUAAGAAUGCGGAAGAUGUUAAUUUAGUGGAUUUGAUAAUAAACGGAGCUUCGAAUAACACGCCUGUGAUUGAAACACACAUCAUGAUGGCCAUUCGUGCCUUGGCAAAUCUUUUUAUUUCAGCUGAAGGAAGAAAACUGGUAAUGAUUGAAUUCAAGAAAAUACACGACUUCAUUUCUUCUUCAACUAAGGCAACGUCAAAUCGUAAUCUCUUAGUUGCAGCGACAACUGUGUAUAUAAAUUACUCUGUAAUUUACACUGAAGGUGCAGAAGAACUUGACCCAGAUAUAUCUAAUGCUAUCGUAGAAGUACUGGGAGAAAUUCUCAGCAACCAGAAUGAUUCGGAAAUCGUUUAUCGAGCUUUAGUUGCCUUGGGAUCGUUUGUAGCCACGUUCAAAGACAUUCGGAGCAAAUCUAGCAACUCUAGUGGAAUAGUUUCAAUCGUUCAGAAGUCCAUGAGCAAGGCAAGCGAUCCUCGGAUCCGAAAUGUAGGCCAGGAACUGCUUGAUAUGCUAGCGUAA